ACACCACGAGACGAAUCGUGCGCAUGUCGCAGAGCAUCCGACCGCGCUCGCAUGUCGGUGGCAAGAGUAUGGCGCUCGGCUAUGGCCACGACGAGCGUCCAAGCUCCAUCCAUGCUUUCGUGCCGUCGUGUGACCCCGUUGCACUCUAAUAUAAGUCAAGCCUCUCCCGGUAAGUAGCGAAGGUUGACUAUACUUGACAUAUCCGCCCUGGGAACGUGCUGUUGGGACCGCGUCUGUCGCUUUCACAUCGCUUUGUCGUUCUUGAACAUCUUGCAAGAAUCAUCAGUCGCUACUCCUUGCUUCGAGUGUUCGCUGUACAACAACAUUCAUCAGGUAAGAUCUCCACUCCCAAAUUGGAUAGCACGAUUCACAGUCCAAGCUUCCGCCUACGCUCAUGGCAAUCUCUCGCCCGUCAAUCCUCCUUUGCGCAGAACAACAAGGAUACUAUCCACAGCGCGUUGACACCGUACUUACAGUUUUGCUAUAGAUUCUACUGUACCAUUCCAAAGCAUAGCCAUUUUAAUCAACACGCGAUCGAAUUACACACAUCACGAUGAAGACCUCCACUACAGCGGCCGUUGCCACCUCCAUUCUCCUCUCGGGAGUCAGAGCCCAAUACACCAUUGAUCCUCAAUCCGUCUCAAAGAGCACCCGUGAAUUCUGGUGCCAACAACAAAUUACUCAAUGUCCACUCAUCUGCCUCGACCAAGGCAGCUCGACCGGCUCGACCGAAGCCAACGAAUGCGACUCCGAUGCCCUCACCUAUGCCUGCGUCUGCGAUGACGGCCGCUCGCCCAAUGUCUCCGAGUAUAGCAACACGCUGCCCUACAGUCUCUGCACCGAGUGGGGCUCACAAUGCGUCUCAAACUGCAACGGCGAUCCCACCUGCGCUGAAAAAUGCCGCAGCGACCACCCCUGUGGAGCGCAGAAUCCUACACGCCAAAACACCAGCACCCUGACACAAUCGAGCACCGCCGCGCCAUCGGGCACAGGUAGCCAGAGUGGAAGCAACGCGCAAGUCACAACGGACUCGGACGGGAGCACGGUGACGGUGUACAAUGGUUUCGGUUCAUCAGGCCAGACAACACAGAACGAGAACGGAGGUGUCAGCAACGUGCGCGUCUGGGCUUUGGGUGUGGGUCAGACUUUCGGGACACUGAGCAUCAUGGGCCUUGCAACAUUGGGCUUUGCUGUUCUGUUGUAAGAGCCUAGCGAUUGGACUUCUGUUCCCGAUAAACCUCAAGAGGAGAAAGCAAGAGUUGGAUAACAUAUUGGAUGCAAACAAAGUUGGACACAAUGGGAUGUGGCCGACACGAGGCACAGCUGCACACGCAUGACACAGAGGAACACCACAUCCAGUCCACGCGACUCGUGCGAGUCCGCCGGUGUCACUGGGUUCAUGAGGCGGAAAGCUCUUGGUCACACGACAUCAGAGAUCUUCCUGCCCUCUGCACCCAACUUCUAUUACUAUCAUUGAUGAGGCGUAUGAUCGACUGCAUAGCGAGCAUUGGAGUUCUUGAUCUAUUGGUGAAUUAAUUCGGUCUCUUCAAAAGUAGCGUUUUGGGUAGCGAACUUUCUUUGAGCGAGGCUUUAAUGCAAAGACAUUUUUUCAGCUAUAAACAUUAAUACCAGUG